UUCGUCCGUCGUCGGGUCACAAUUGUCGCGCAGAAGAGAGACAGAGCUGAGAAAAUCACAUUGGAGAGGAGAGGAGACGAAGGGGGGAGAGAGAGAGAGAGUGAGUGAGAGAGAGAGGGAGAGAGAGGGGAGAAGGAUGUGUGGGAUAUUCGCUUAUCUGAAUUACAAUGUGGAGAGGCAGAGGAGCCACAUCCUGGAGGUCCUCUUCAAUGGCCUCCGCCGUCUCGAGUACAGGGGCUACGAUUCCUCCGGGAUCGCCAUUGACGCCUCCUCGUCCUCUCCAGUCGCUGAUUCAUCAACCCUUCAUCCCCUCGUGUUCCGCCAGGAGGGCAACAUCGAGUCCCUCGUCAAAUCCGUCUAUCAAGAGGUUGGAGCCAUGGACUUGAACAUGGAGGAGUCUCUGUCCGUGCAUGCUGGGAUAGCCCACACGCGGUGGGCAACUCAUGGAGAGCCAGCUCCAAGGAACAGUCACCCUCAGGGCUCCGGCCCUGGAAAUGACUUCCUCGUGGUCCACAAUGGAAUCAUUACGAAUCACAAGGUCUUGAAGGAGACGUUGCUCCGCCAUGGGUUCACUUUUGAGUCUGAAACAGAUACUGAAGUUAUUCCCAAACUUGUCAAAUACAUUUUUGACCAAUCCAGUGAAGGUGAAGGUGGACAGGCUGCCACAUUCAGUCAAGUUGUGAUUGAAGUCUUACGGCACCUUGAAGGAGCAUAUGCCCUUAUAUUCAAGAGCAAACAUUACCCCAACGAAUUGGUUGCAUGUAAACGUGGUAGCCCACUUAUUCUUGGUGUCAAAGAAUUUGCUGAAGAUGAUGACGGUGGGUUUUCUUCUAGCAACGGGAAUCCCAAAGAACUCUUCUUAUCCAGUGAUGAGAGUGCUCUGGUGGAACACACAAAAAGAGUUUUGCGGCUUCAAGAUGAUGAGUUAGUUCAUCUCAAGGAUGGAAGAGUAUCUAUUUUAAAGUUCAGCAGUGAUAGGGGGAGAAGUGGUGGUGUUCUUCGUAGAUCUACAUCAGUGCAAAGUGCGCUAUCUGUUCUUGAGAUGGAGGUUGAACAGAUAAACAAAGGAACUUAUAAGCAUUACAUGCAGAAAGAAAUCCAUGAACAGCCUGAAUCCCUUAACACCACAAUGAGGGGAAGGCUUAUACGUGGAGGCUCCUCCAAUGGUAAGAAUGUUCUCCUCGGCGGACUCAAAGAUCACCUGAGGACGAUCAGACGGAGCAGGCGGAUUCUUUUUAUUGGGUGUGGUACCAGCUACAAUGCUGCUCUGGCAGCAAGGCCAAUCUUGGAGGAACUUUCAGGUAUACCGGUUACAAUGGAAAUUGCUAGCGAUCUCUUGGAUAGGAAGGGUCCUAUAUACAGAGAAGACACAGCAGUUUUCGUCAGUCAAUCGGGUGAAACAGCUGACACUUUAAAUGCAUUGGAAUAUGCUCUCGACAACGGGGCAUUGUGUGUCGGCAUAACAAAUGCUGUUGGCAGUGCAAUUGCCAGAAAAACACACUGUGGUGUUCAUAUCAAUGCUGGUUGUGAGAUCGGUGUGGCAAGUACAAAGGCAUACACAAGUCAGAUAGUAGUUAUGGCCAUGUUAGCCUUGGCAAUUGGAGGCAACACAAUCUCCAACCAAUCGAGAAGAGAGGCCAUCAUUGAUGGCCUAUUUGACCUGCCCAACAAAGUGAGAGAGGUGCUGAAGCUCAAUCAGGAAAUGAGAGAUCUUGCUUCACAGCUGGUUGCAGAGCAAUCACUGCUCAUGUUUGGCAGAGGAUACAACUAUGCCACGGCUCUCGAGGGAGCUCUUAAAGUGAAGGAGGUGGCACUGAUGCACACAGAAGGAAUACUGGCUGGUGAAAUGAAGCAUGGUCCGUUGGCUCUAGUUGAUGAGAACCUCCCAAUAAUCGUGAUUGCUACCCAUGAUUCUUGCUUCAGUAAGCAACAGUCAGUUAUUCAACAGCUCCAUGCUCGGAAAGGGCGCCUAAUUGUGAUGUGUUCGAGAGGGGGAGCUGCAUCAGUCUGCCCUGGGGGAGCCUCCCGCGUGAUUGAAGUUCCUCAAGUUGAGGAUUGUCUUCAGCCUGUGAUCAAUAUCGUUCCAUUGCAGUUGCUGGCAUAUCAUCUUACAGUCCUCCGAGGAUACAAUGUUGAUCAGCCUCGGAAUCUUGCAAAGAGUGUGACGACGGAGUGAAGAUUGCUACUGGCGAACUGUCUUCCCUAUGUAUGUUACCAAAAUCCUCUGACACUACUAUCCGGGAACUCAAGGGCCUCUGCUGACAUCUGAUAUCUUUUAUGUCGUCGUUGAGCUCAGAUUCUUGACCAAGGCUUAGACAAUGUUCUCGACAUGUAAAUUAAUUAGAGCAGGCUUAUCUAUCCGCUCCUCACCCGCAUUGUUCAUUCCCCGUUUUGUAUAUGCUAUAUUUAUGAGUUCAAAUUAAGUGCUUUUGGAAUAACAAUGGUAUUCUUAGAAUUGAAAGGCCAACGGCAAACCUUCAA